AUGUUCUCCUCGUACCAGGAUUUCCUGGGAAAUUCGGUUUUCCCUCUCCCUGUCAAACCCUCCUUAUAUGAUGGGCGUCUGGAGCUUUUCGCCAAGCUGGGAAAAAGCCUCUACGGCACGAACUAUGGGGCCACGCGUGCUAAAUCCUGGUGGCACUACGAUGAGGACACGUUUGGCGUCAGUAACCAAAACCAUAUCGCCGCUGCAUACGCCCACAAACCUGAUUACCAGGUGGACGGCAGCCUGGCGCAGGACCACCCCUGCAAUUUUGAGUUUCUCUCGCCCAUGGAUGAUAUACUCAACAUGUACCGGCAAUUGGCUAUAAGAGUUUCGGUAAUCGCGGCCGUACAUACCAACGAGACCCAGUACGUCCCAUUUAUUGGGGAAAGAAGCGAGCGCCAGUGGUUGGCGAACAAAGAGCGGGCACAGGUCUGUUACCAUGCGGCCAUGAUUGCGCAUAUCGUUGGCAUUCUGCUUGUUGUUUUUAUGCACCGGGGUUUCUGGAAGCUUGAUAGGGAGUAUUCAAUGAGCCCACUGGAGCUCAUGAAUGCCGUAACCCAUGGUUCGGAUGAAAGCGCCCGGAGUCUUCUGCAUAUCUUACGAGAGGCUGAGGAGAAUGCUUCGGCAUCAAGACUGAAGGGGUUCGCCCACGAGUGGGACGUCGAACACGAGCAACUCGUGGUUUAUACGAAGGGAGGAGACGGUCAUUGGGGUUUCAAAGUUAAGGCGGAGGAGUACGAGUUGGCAGAGCAGCAGUAA